AUGGAGCAAGAUCCGACCCAGGACCAACAACAACCCCAGUCCCUCGCCGACUGCUACAGGGAAGCCGAGGCCAGCCGUCUGGCUCUCGAGGGUAGCUUCGAGGCGCAGUCUCCCGAGAAGCGCGACGCACUGUCCACGGCCAUCGCCGCCUACCGCGCCUGCCUGGGGCGCAUCUCGGCCGCGUCCGUCUUCAGCCCCAACGAGACGCUCGAGGACGUCAGGACCGACUACCUCCCGUUCCUGCUGACCGAGCACCACCUGGCGGGCCUGCUGCAGAAGCAGCCGACGACGGGCCCACGCGCCCGCGCCGCCGUGCUCGACGAGAGCCGCGCCUGCUACGAGCGCUUCCUGCACCUCCUCGAUGGCUACGAGGCCCUGGGCCAGCCUCAGGCGCGCCUGCUCCACGAUUACGAUGAGGCGCCCCGCAUGUUCUCGACGCUGCCGUCGGACCCGGCCCGCCGCCGCGACUCCAAGAUCGCCGCGUUCAGGCGGGAGAAGGACCUGCGCGCCAAGCUCGAGGCGCUGAAGAGCAGAUCGCGGAGGGCACGGCAGGGCGAGGACGAGGACGGAGACGACAUCGCAGAGGAGUACGCGCGGCCCGUGUACCUGACCCAGUUGGAGAUGGCGGCAGACGAGGCCCUGCAGGCGCUUGAGAGUAUCAACCGCGAGGAGGAGGUUUUGGCCCAGGCCCCCGAACCCCUGAUUUCGUCGGGGACAACGGUGGAGGAGGACGAAAGGCGGAGGCGAGCUCAACAAGACGCGGAUGGUGCCUCGAGGCUCGACCAUCCCUUACGUCGUCUGCAGUCCGCCAUGGGCGGACCCCUCCUGAACAAGGCGGGGAAGCCGCUUCAGCCCUUCACCAUUGUCGGGAGUCGCGACGAGCUGGCCAAGGGUGUCUUUCGACCCGGUCAUAACCUGCCUACGAUGAGCAUAGAUGAGUACCUGGAGGAGGAGAGGCGACGGGGUGGAAUCAUCGAAGGCGGUGGAGAGGCUAGCGGUCGUAUACCCGAGCCGGAUGAGGAUGACGAGGAGAAGGCAGAUGCGGCAACGUACAAGGCACGACAGUGGGAUGAGUUUACUGAAGCGAACCCCCGUGGGUCAGGAAACACUCUGAACAGGGGUUAG